ACUAAAGUCGUAAGCCUGACGAGAGCUUCAGAAGUAAUCUCCAAAUUCCAAAAUGACCACCCUGCCCCCACUGCCCAUGACGCACCCAAAGCUUACCUCCUUAGCUAGACAGAAGCUGCCAUGCUCCCCUACAACAACUCCAAGGUCUCAAUUGAUCAAAGAGAAAGAUGACAUAGAUCAUUAUCUGGAGGUGAAUUUCAAAGGAUUGUCAAAAGAGGAGGUUGCUGCUUACCGGAACUCGUACAAGAAGAGCAUCUGUGUGGACAUGCUGCGAGAUGGUUAUCAUAAGUCCUUUACUGAGCUCUUCUCUCUGAUGGAGAAGUGGGAUGCCCUGAGGGAGGCUGCGAGAGUUAGGUCCCUCUUGUGGUUGCAGAGACCCCUGGAGGAGCAGCCUGACAAGCUGGAUCAUUUCUACCACUACCUGACCAGGGCGGAGGCGGCUGAAAGGAAAAAAUACUUUGAAGAUGUCUAUAAUAACUUGUAUGCUCUGGCCUGUUACUUCAAUAAUUCGGAAGACAAGUGGGUAAGGAACCACUUCUAUGAACGAUGUUUUGAGAUUGCUCAGCUGAUCAAAAUAGACGGUGGGAAGAAAGAAGCCGAGGCACAUGCGCACAUGGGACUUCUCUUUGAGGAAGAAGGUCAGCUGCUGGCAGCUGCCGAGCAUUAUGAAGCAUUCCAUCAAUUGACGCAAGGGCGGAUAUGGAAGGAUGAGACAGGCCGCUUUCUCAACUUGUUGGCCUGUGAGAGUCUCCUGAGGACUUAUAGAUUACUCUCAGACAAAAUGCUGGAAAAUAAAGAAUACAAACAGGCCAUCAGAAUUCUAAUAAAAGCUUCUGAAAUAGCCAAAGAAGGAAAUGACAAGAAGAUGGAAAGAGAAGCUUACUAUUACUUGGGCCUAGCACACUUGGCUGCUGGAGAGUAUGAAACAGCAUUAACAGUCCUUAACUCUUACAGUAAAAUCUCUACAGACCUGGAUGAUGAUCUCAGCCUGGGGAGAGCCUAUGAAGCAAUCGCCAAGGUCCUGCAGAGCCAAGGAGAGAUGACAGAAGCAAUUAAGUACUUGGAAAAAGUUGUGAAAAUUGCAAGAAACAAUUUUCAAAGCCUAGAUGUUGUGAGAGCAAGUACAAUGCUUGGGGACAUCUACAAUAAAAAAGGAUACUACAACAAAGCUUCUGAAUGCUUCCAGCAAGCUUUUGACACAACAGCAGAGCUCACAAACAUGCCCCUGAUGGAUGAGACCAAAGUUCAUUACGGAAUAGCGAGAGCUCAUCAGAUGAUGCAGUCGGUGAAGAAUUAUAUAGAGUGUGCAGAUCUCACCAGCCUUGACUACCUGCUGUCAUGGAAGGAGAGUAGAAGCAACAUUGCCCCUGAUCCAAUCACUGAGUCUAGAAGAUCCACAAUGGAAAAUUUAUCUAAAAACUCAGAGCAUUUGGAAGAAGAACUAAGUGGAUUUCCAGGUGAUCAAAAAAAAUGAGACUUAAACCAGCUUUUGACUCAGCAACAAAGCAAGAAGAAAUUUAUCAUGUCACCUCAGUCUUUGAUGCCUGUAAUAGGAGUAUGUUACAGAUAAUACAGAUAGAGUUAAAAUAAAACUAUGACUGUGUUUUCAUUGGAU